AUGUACACCAACAGCGAUACAUCGCACAUUGAAGAGGAUGAGCUCGACACGGGCGUCACUCCCACGACAAUCGACAUCGAGCACAAGGAUCUCCCGACCGCACCACCACCACCACCACAGCGACUCCCUCUCCCACCCGCAGCGCCCACUGCGUCCGCGGCAGCACCGGACCCGCCCACCCCGGUGCUGACUCCAGCGCCGGACGGCCUGCCCCCCGCCAACCCGAACCCGUACGUCGACCCGAUGCAGCAGCUCAACCGCCGGCUCGAGUCGCUCGUCAACGAGUUCAGCACGCGCAUCGAAGACAUUGCCAUCGACUUUGGCGCCCAGGUCCACUCGCACGCUACCACGGCGCAGAACGAGGUCGACGCGCGCACCGCCCAGGUCGCCGAGAUCAUCCAGCGCCAGACGGCCAACCUCGCGGUCGAGGCGGAGAAGCGCACCGCGCUGCUGGGACAGCAGAUUGAGGACCGGUCGACGGAAUGGGGAUCGCGCGUCGAGCGCAUGGCCGACGACGCCCGGCCCCGCGCCGAGCGCAUCACGGCGGGAUGGGGCGCGCGCAUCACGGCCCUCGCGUCCCAGUGGGGCUCGACGAUCGAAAAGGUCGCUUCGGGUCUGGGGCAGGAGGUCGAGCGGCGCGGAACGCAGUUCGGUCAAGGUGUGGAGGGCUUUGGCGUCGAGCUGGGCCGCACGUUGAGCGGGGAGCGCGGGUUCCAGCAGGCUCAGGCUCAGGCCCAAGCUCAGGCUGAGGCUCAGGCUGGUUCGGCCCACGCUGGUUCAGCCCACGCCGCGGACGCUUCCUCGCAAGGUGCACAAGUCCCGGAGCCUGCUGGACCACCCGCGUACGACGUGGCCCACGACGAAAAGACUGCCGCGGGCGCCGACGAGCACACGGACGAUGACAUUGCUGUCGAUUCCGAGUAUGCCACACCCGAGCCUGAGAACCAGCCGAACCAGCCAUUGCUCAAGGGCGAGACGGGCGUCAACGAGAAACUCUGA